AUGGCUUCCCACGCCCCCGUGCAGCCCCCCAAGCGCCGUCGCAUCGGUGUCCUCACCUCCGGUGGCGAUGCCCCCGGCAUGAACGGGGUCGUCCGCGCCGUCGUCCGCAUGGCCAUCCACUCCGACUGCGAGGCCUACGCCGUCUACGAGGGUUACGAGGGCCUGGUCAACGGCGGCGACAUGAUCCGCCAGCUACACUGGGAGGACGUCCGCGGCUGGCUGUCCCGCGGCGGCACCCUCAUCGGCUCCGCCCGCUGCAUGACCUUCCGCCAGCGCCCCGGGCGUCUGCAGGCGGCCAAGAACCUGGUGCUCCGCGGCAUCGACGCGCUCGUGGUCUGCGGUGGUGACGGUAGUCUGACGGGCGCCGACGUCUUCCGCGCCGAGUGGCCCGGUCUGUUGAAGGAAUUGGUCGAGAAGGGUGAGUUGACCGCGGAGCAGGUCAAGCCAUACCAGAUCCUGAACAUCGUCGGCCUCGUGGGCUCCAUUGACAACGACAUGUCCGGCACCGACGCCACCAUCGGCUGCUACUCCUCGCUCACUCGCAUCUGUGACGCCGUCGACGACGUCUUCGACACCGCCUUCUCCCACCAGAGAGGCUUCGUCAUCGAGGUCAUGGGUCGGCACUGCGGCUGGCUGGCCUUGAUGGCUGCCAUCAGCACCGGCGCCGACUGGCUGUUUGUCCCGGAGAUGCCGCCCAAGGACGGAUGGGAGGAGGAUAUGUGCGCGAUCAUCACAAAGAACAGAAAGGAACGCGGCAAGCGGAGGACGAUCGUCAUCGUGGCCGAGGGCGCCCAGGACCGCAACCUCAAGAAGAUCUCGAGCGACCGGGUCAAGGAUAUUCUGACUGAGCGACUGGGUCUGGAUACGCGUACAACGGUGUUGGGACACACCCAGAGAGGUGGUGCGGCCUGCGCCUACGACCGUUGGCUGUCCACGCUGCAGGGUGUCGAGGCCGUCCGCGCCGUGCUGGACAUGAAGCCCGACUCGCCGUCUCCCGUCAUCACGAUCCGCGAGAACAAGAUCCUGCGCAUGCCCCUGAUGGAGGCCGUGCAGGCCACCCAGACCGUCACCAGACACAUCCAGAACAAGGAGUUCAAGGAAGCGAUGGCGCUGCGCGACUCCGAAUUCAAGGAGUACCACUACUCUUACAUCAACACGUCCACCCCCGACCACCCCAAGCUGCUGCUCCCGGAGAACAAGCGCAUGCGCAUCGGUAUCGUCCACGUCGGUGCUCCGGCCGGCGGUAUGAAUCAGGCCACCCGGGCGGCGGUCGCGUACUGCCUGACCCGCGGACACACGGCGCUGGCCAUCCACAACGGCUUCCCCGGGCUGUGUCGCCACCACGCCGACACGCCGGUCUGCUCCGUGCGCGAGGUCAAGUGGCAGGAGUCGGACAGCUGGGUCAAUGAGGGCGGGUCGGACAUCGGCACCAACCGCGGACUGCCGGGCGACGACCUCGAGACGACCGCGCAAUGCUUCGCCAAGUUCAAGUUCGACGCGCUGUUCGUGGUCGGCGGCUUCGAGGCCUUCACGGCCGUCAGCCAGCUGCGACAGGCGCGCGAGAAGUUCCCGGCGUUCAAGAUCCCCAUGACGGUGCUGCCGGCGACCAUCUCCAACAACGUGCCGGGCACGGAAUACUCGCUGGGCAGCGACACGUGCCUGAACACCCUGAUCGACUUCUGCGACGCGAUCCGCCAGUCGGCCUCGUCGUCGCGGCGCCGCGUGUUCGUCAUCGAGACGCAGGGCGGCAAGUCGGGCUACAUCGCCACGACGGCGGGUCUGUCGGUCGGCGCGGUGGCCGUGUACAUCCCCGAGGAGGGCAUCGACAUCAAGAUGCUGUCGCGCGACAUCGACCUGCUGCGGGACAACUUCGCGCACGACAAGGGCGCCAACCGCGCGGGCAAGAUCAUCCUGCGCAACGAGUGCGCCUCCAGCACGUACACCACCCAGGUCGUCGCCGACAUGAUCAAGGAGGAGGCCAAGGGCCGCUUCGAGUCGCGCGCCGCCGUCCCCGGCCACUUCCAGCAGGGUGGCAAGCCGUCGCCCAUGGACCGCAUCCGCGCCAUGCGCAUGGCCACCAAGUGCAUGCUGCACCUGGAGAGCUACGCCGGUAAGACCCCCGAGCAGAUCGCGGCGGACGAGCUGUCGGCGUCGGUGAUCGGCGUCAAGGGCUCGCAGGUGCUGUUCUCGGCGAUGGGCGGACCCAAUGGCUUGGAGGCGACGGAGACCGACUGGGCGCGCCGUCGGCCCAAGACCGAGUUCUGGCUGGAGCUGCAGGACACAGUCAACAUCCUGUCCGGGCGGGCGGGCGCCCAUGCCGCGACCUGGUCGUGCUACGAGAGCACUUGA